AUGACUGAUCAACCGAGCCGCUACCUAUACCUCUAUUUCUCUACUAGUUCUAGAGUUCUAAGCGAUAGUAAGAUUUACCUAAAAGUUCGGCAAUAUCGAUAUAAAGCAAAUUUAUACUUCGAAAAUCGAUGGUUAGCACGGCUAUUAGAUAACAAAGCUAGGCGGCUUCGCGGACUUAAGUCUUAUCCGAGCGCUCUAGCUAUCUACUACGAUAAGUCUUUACUCGUAGGACACGAUUAUACUAAGAUACUUAAAGUUAACCCUUAUACGGUAGAAAUAUUACAACUCCUAGUACCUAGAGUGUCCUCGAAGGAUAGAACCACCGUAAAAGGUCUUAUAUACAGUAGCGAAGUCUUUUCAAACUUCACAGAAUCCGAGCGGACCUUAAUUUGGAAGCGAUUAAAGAGGAUAGAGGGCAUAAUUCUAUCUCUAUAUAUAUUUUUCAAAGAUCUCUAG